GCUCUUUCGUCACCUGUAAGCCCGCGACUGUCAAAACAGGAGCAGUGGCUGCUGCGCAUUUUUUCACCAGAUUAGUUUUUAUCUUUCGGUUAACUUCUUUUGUCUGUGUGUUUUCUGUGUAAUUUUGAAAUGGCUGCAAAAGCGAUAACGAAUGCCAAGGAGUUUUUAAAUACUCUUCGGUCUCUCCAAAACGAUGAAAAUAAGGAUUCAACUACAUAUGAGGAAGACAUCCAGAUAAUACAGAGUGGGAGAGAUGGAUCUGCUGUGCUAAAUAUGUACUGUGGCAGCCAGCCGCUCUUCAUCUGUGAAAAAGCUGUCCCAAAAAUAACUGAACCUGAUGAUAAGAAAAUGGAUGACACGACAUCAAGCUCUGAUGGCGAGGUCAGUGUAUCUCUGGCAGAUUUGGGACCACAACCGCUCAACAUCAUGAAAGCAAGACAACUGCUGUCUUGGUACACAAUAUCUCAAAAUGCUAAUGUCUCCUCUGUGGUCAAGUCGGCAGUACUCCCUCUGUGGGUUCGGUGUGACAUGUCUGAUCCUGUCGGGACGUCCUGGUUAGGGGCGGAAACAGUCUGCACAGGCGAUAAAGUAACCGGUGUCAAAUUAUACUCUGUCACCUGCAAAGAUUCAGCAGUGGAUAGAGGAUCAUUUCCUACCUUAGAUGAACUUAAACAAGAGCACAAGAAAAGACAUCAUUCGUCCUCGAUGGUGAUAAAAGGCAGCGCUAAGUACACCUUGUUUGGCUCCACUGUUGUUGAAAACACUGUGAUUGAGUCCCAGAAUUAUGUGACAGUGGAUUUUACCUGGAGCCACGUAGAGAGCAUCCUUGAGAUGCCACCUCUGUCCUCCACAGCAACUCUGAACAUCAAAGUUACCGGCGGCGACAUGAGAAGUCCAAUGUUCGAGAUGUACAGGGAGCUGGAGUUUCUUCAGACUCUUGCUGACGGUUUGAGAACUGGUGAGACUGAAUGGAUGGAGCCCGUGGAAACUAAUUCAGCUGUGAAUCUCACCAAGGCCUACCUAGAAGAACUUCAGACGACUGCAAAGACACUACAGGAUCAGGCUGCAAAAACAGCUGAGCCAUCAAAGCUGAAGACUGAGUCGGAGCCGUCCAUUUUUAACUCUCUAAUGGAACGAGGCGACUUGGAUUUUGUAGAGCAGCUGUGGGUUCGGAUGAGAAAGAGUGUGACUUCGUAUCAAGAUGUUGGAGACUGUCUGAAACUGGUUAUUGAGGCCUUAAGAUAUGGCGACAUUAAACCGUGGAUUCACCGGGACAGCAGCAGCUCCCUCAGCAAACUCAUCCUACAGUCCUACCACCAGCAGAUCGAUCAUGUGUCUCUUUCAGGGCUCACCCCUGUCCACAUGCUGCUGGAGAUGGGACUGGACAAGAUGAGAAAGGAUUACAUCAAUUACCUCAUUGGUGAAGAACUGACAACUCUCAACCACUUGAGUUUCUAUCUCAGCACAGAGGUUGAUCUGCAGGAGCAAGUUGCUCGAGUGAGGAAACUGCACCAUCUGCUGGAAGUAAUUGUGACCUGCAGCACCUUCCUGGGUUUGCCCUACGACCGGCUGUUCUCCCUCACACAAUCAUGCUUGCAGUAUUACAAAACGCACCCAUAUGAUGAAGACCAUGAAUUCAAACUGCAAAUCACACCUGCCCUGAUCAGCCACUUCUACCAGGAAACCCAUCCAGUUGUGUGGGGGGUCGAGGUGUCCAGUGGCCACGGUUCUCGUGAGGUCAAGACAUCGCUGCAGUUCAGUGACAGACCACUGUUCGAUCAUGUCAUCUUUGAAACAGAGAACAUAAUUGAAACGGUCAAUGGAGACGACAGGGAGCCUGCCUACUUUACCACCAUGGUGUGCUGCAGCCUCGUCAGCUUUGCUUGAAUUCACACGAACUACAACUGAAAACAAUCUAAGGGAUGAUCAGUUUAUUUUGAUAUCACAGUUACUAAUAAAUUUAUCUUAAUAUUGAAAUGUGUAAAAACCUCAUCACAAAGCUUACAGAGACCAGUGUAUGAUUUUUAUUUUAAUAUAUCAUUGUCAAAUGCAUUAUGAAAACAGCUUUUUUGUUUGUUUGUUUGUUUUUUCCUGUGCAAGCAAAAGAGUGUUGAAACAGUUGCGGUUAAUUAAGCUCGAGUACUCCCAAAUUUGACCAAAUGAAGACACAAAGAUCAUUUCAGCUGUUUGCAAAAGUGAUAUUUCACGUUGAUGUUUUAAUAACAAAAAAUCCAACAUGUGGCAGUUUUAUCCCCACUGUGCGAAUGUUUGGUAAUAAAUCAAUAAAGCAGUGUUUAAAGCA